GGCCUCGCGUCACGUGGCGGAAGCGGCGGGGCGCCUAAGAUGGCGGCGGCGUGAGUUGCAUGUUGUGGGGCCGCCGGGAGGAGCCGGAGCCGCCGCCGCGCCAUGGCGGUGACCGUGACGCUGAAGACGCUGCAGCAGCAAACCUUCAAGAUCCGUAUGGAGCCGCACGAAACGGUGCGGGCACUGAAAGAGAAGAUUGAGGCGGAGAAGGGCAGCGACGCCUUUCCUGUGGCUGGGCAGAAGCUCAUCUAUGCCGGGAAGAUCCUGAGCGAUGAUGUCCCUAUCCGCGAGUACCGCAUCGAUGAGAAGAACUUUGUGGUUGUUAUGGUGACCAAGGCUAAGUCGACGCUGGGCACCGCAGCCCCCGAGGCCGGAGCUGGCGGCACCUCGGAGCCUCCUGCAGCACCGGGGCCCCCCCCAGCCACUGAUGCCGUCCCCCCACCACCAGCUGCCCCCAGUGAGGAGACACCAUCCCACGAUCUCCCUCCGCUAACCCUCUCAGAGCCUGCGGCAGGCUCUGUUCCCCCCCCAGGUAGUGCGGGGCGCUCAGCUGACGCCGCCUCCACCCUCGUGACGGGCUCGGAGUAUGAGACGAUGCUGACGGAGAUCAUGUCGAUGGGGUACGAGCGGGAGCGGGUGGUGGCCGCGCUGCGCGCCAGCUACAACAACCCCCACCGUGCCGUUGAGUACCUGCUGACGGGCAUCCCCGGCAGCCCCGAGCCUGAGCGCCCACCAGUGCAGGAGAGCCGCCCCCCGGAGCAGCCAGCGCCUGAGGGGGAAAACCCACUGGAGUUCCUGCGGGAGCAGCCACAGUUCCAGAACAUGCGGCAGGUGAUCCAGCAGAACCCGGCCCUGCUGCCCGCCCUGCUCCAGCAGCUGGGCCAGGAGAACCCCCAGCUGCUCCAGCAAAUCAGCCAGCACCAGGAGCAGUUCAUCCAGAUGCUGAACGAGCCGCUGGGGGAGCUGGGUGACCUCGAGGGGGAGAUGGGCGCCAUCGGGGAUGAGUCCCCACAGAUGAACUACAUCCAGGUGACGCCUCAGGAAAAAGAAGCCAUAGAAAGGUUGAAGGCGCUGGGCUUCCCAGAGAGCCUGGUGAUCCAGGCUUACUUCGCCUGCGAGAAGAACGAGAACCUGGCGGCCAACUUCCUGCUCAGCCAGAACUUCGACGACGACUGAGAGGCCAGGGCAGGCGCCCCCCGGCCUCCCCCCCUGCCAGGGGGUAGGUGGCUGUGAGCGGCGCCCCCCAGGGGCUGUGGGUGUGGCUCUGCCCUUCAGGCAGGGGUGGGACUAGGGCCUCCAUGGGGCCCCAGCCCUGCCACGCCCUGAGGGAGCAGCAGCAAUGGGUGGAGCACCUGUAGUAGCCACCCCCCCCCCUCACCCCACCCCAAAAACCAGCGUGGGGUGAGCUCAGCAAACUGCUUUCUCCUGUCCCCCCUCCUUCCCCAUUUGGCCCUGGUGCGGGAGGGCGGGGGGCAGGGUGCAGCACCGCAGGAAGAACCACAACUUGGGGGAAAAGAUUAAACGCAGAAUUUUAAACCCA